CUAUCAUAGAAAUCUGUGAGAGAAAAGGAGUGGUGAUUAGGUUGUCUUUGCCAAAAAAAUAUGUUUUAUAAAUGGUCCUAGAUCAUAUUGACACCUGUGUUUCUAGUAUUUUAUUUAUGAAGUUAUUGGCUGUGUUGUGUAUUGUUGGCAGUGUGAGAAAACAGUGUUAAAUGGUAUAAUUAACGAUGUUAACUUUGGUUAUGACGUUUACUACGUUUCUCGCAUGUGUGCGUGUGUAUUCAUCGUGACAGCAUUGCCGUUGAUUGUUGAAGCGAAUCUCGUAACGGGAGAUUUGUUAGGAAGCUUGUUUGGAUUUCAAGAACCGCUUCAUUUGUAGAAUUAUAAAUACAGCGCACGUUAAGCCGUGAAAAAGAUCAGAGGAAACAAGAUGGCGGCUGAGAUUGCGCGCCAAAACACGCGCGCGAGGCGCCAUCUGUCACCGCGCGAUAACUGUUUCCGCACUUUAAAUUGUUUGGACCGUUCGAAAUAGUUCUUACAUGUGAUACGAUAGUGACGUUUUUAGCUGUGGUUCUCGUGAUGUGAUAGUGCUUUAGUGAGUUUUGUGUUGUUGUGACGAUGUCGGAGGAGAGGUCGCGGCGACUGUCGCAGAUCUUCGACCCACUGUCGAGGUUUACUGACCACAGUGGGGCGGGGCAAUCUGCGAGUACUCCGAACAGCCCGCGGCUAUUGCCCAGGCGUUCGAGGGAUCCCCCGCCACCACCGCCUAGGCCCUUUGCUCAUUCUUCUCGACUGGAUCCCUUAGAGUAUGAACUUGCGGCAGCGGACCUAGAGUCUGUUAACUGGCAGGAGCGGUGCUUGGAGUUGCAGCUGGAGCUACACAGGAGUCGACAUCAGGCAACCAGGGUGCGAGACAUGCUGAGAGAUAAGCUUUCGGAGCUCGAGCAACGAGUUCUGGAAGCCGAAGGAAGAGCGGAGGAAGCGGAAGAUAAGGUCCGCGCCAUGGAGCAGCGGCUGUGCGAGUGGCCGGCUGGCGCUGAAGGGGCGCCGAAGGCCAUCACGCGACUUGAAGGUCAAAUUGAAGAACAGAAGCAGCUGCGACUCCAAGACGCGAAACAAGUUGAGGCAAAGGCCGCACGAAUAAAGGAGUGGGUGACAAACAAGCUUAAAGAACUAGAGCAACAGAAUCAAUUGCUGAGGGAACAAAACGACCGCUGCAAUCAGCAGCUGGAAUUACUUAGGAAUCACAUUGCAGCGCAGGGAAGCAGAAAUUGUGCUCAGUUUCUACCUUCUCGGGCAAGUCUGUCUUUAGAAGUGAGGACAGAAGACGGCACCCGUGCCUCAUCGAGCCUCUUGGCUAAUAACCGUCGACGCUCUGAGAGCCUAGAGGGUCCCCAGGAAGUUACACUGAAAAAAUAUGCAGACUUAAAAAGGAUAAAGCUGCCAAUAACAUCAUCGGAACCCCAUUACAGUACCCCAGUGAGACACAGACGAAAUCUAUCGAUUGGAACAACCAAUUUAACUCAAACAACUGCCAAUAGUCAAUUGAACACAAUGAAUCGAACCAUGGAUGAGAGGACCGCUGCCAGUCUGCUAGCUGAUGAUCUUGCGGCUGCAGUAGAAAAUUUAGUGGUGCUACCAACAACACCAAAUACUUCAACAGACGGCGAUACCACACACGACUAUGCUGAAAUAUAUACACCAAGCCGAGAGCGCACGCCGGCGUGGCAGGGCGUGCACGUGGUGGUGCAGGGCACGAGUCGCGGCGGCUCGUCCACGGGCGACAGCUGCGUGUCCGACCAGCCGCGCCCCCCCACGCCUCCUCUGCAUCGCUUUCCCAGCUGGGAGGCAAAAAUAUACCAGGUGGCAGAUGAUGGUCUCCAGCAGUCCGUGGAAGAGGAGUUGAGUCCACCGCCUUGUCCCCGGACCAUGCACGAAUCCACCAGUUACCAGGAUAUCUCAGUUCCAGUAUAUGCUACCGUUAAAGGGCGCGCAAGUCAAAUACGAUCGAUGCCUUUCACGGGCGAUUCAUCAGACGAUUCAUCCGAUGGUGAAGAAUCAAUGGGUGUGACAGUUCAUAAUACACCACAUCAUAACCCUCUGUAUGGUCAAACAUCUCAAAUGCCAAUGACGAUCAACAAUAUAAACUUAACCAGCAUCCUACCCGCCUCCAUACAACAAACUGCAGGACCUCAUGGACUUGUUCUAAACAACACAAAUGGACAAUGCAGCUCCUCCGAUACUAGUCUAAGCGCUAGCAGCCCUUCGAAGAGUGUGAAGACCAGUUCCAGCUUAAGUCCUGCCAAGAGAUCCAGUAGUGGAUCACCGAGUAAACAGAGUAAAACUAGAGACACGUCGUUCGAGUCGGGCAUGUCGGACGACUACGCCAUCCCGCCGGACGCCGUGUCGUGCGAGGGCGCGCGGGACUCGCCGCGCCGCCACGACGCGCUCGAGAAGAGCGGACACCUCGCCAAGCUGGGCGGGAAGCUCAAGACCUGGCGGAAGAGAUGGUUCGUGCUCAAAAACGGCACACUUUCGUACUGGAAGUCUCAGUCGGAGGUGACCCGGAAGCCCCAGGGUCAGAUCGGGCUGGGCGAGGCGUGCAAGAUCUCUCGCAACGAGGGCGCCGCCACGUUCGAGAUAUUCACGGGCAGCCGCACCUACUACCUCACCGCAGACAGCAUCGCCACCAUGGAGGACUGGAUAAGAGUCUUACAAAAUGUCCAAAGACGAAACGCAACGAAACUCCUAUUAAGUAAGGAAGACAACAAGCCUACUAUACAAGGUUGGUUAACCAAAGUAAAGAACGGACACGCCAAGAAAAGCUGGUGCGUUUUACUGGGCAAGAUGUUCCUGUACUUCAAGAGUCCCGGAGAUCAGAACCCGACGGGGCAGAUCAACAUGCGGGACGCGCGCGUGGAGGACGUGGAGCACGUGUCGGACUCCGACUCGGAGGAGAAGGCGGACGACGCGCGCAACCUCACCGUGGCCAUCUACCCGCAGCACCAGCUCACCGGGGGCCCUACUUACCUCUUGUUCGAGAGCAAAGCGGACAAAGACUCGUGGCUCUACCACUUGACGGUUGUGAGCGGCGGUGGUCUCAGUCAAGGAACGCACUUCGAGCAACUCGUACAGAAACUUAUGGAAACCGAUGGCGAUCCGAAUUGUGUCCUUUGGAGGCAUCCUACAUUAUUGUAUUCCAAAGAAAACAUAACAUCACCACUCACGUCUCUAAAUUCAGAAGCAUUGCAAGCUGAAGCAUUAAAAUUAUUUAAAUGCGUGCAGCUGUUCAUGUCGGUGGCGGUGGAGCACGCCGGCAUCGACUACCACGUGGUGCUGGCGCAGAACGCGCUGCAGCAGUGCCUGGAGGUGGGCGAGCUGCAGGACGAGCUGGUGUCGGCGCUGUGCAAGCAGAGCACGCCGCACGCGCCCUCCAAGCACGGCGUGCAGGUAACCGCGCGCCGCCCCGCGCGCCCCGCGCGCCCCGCCCGCCCCGCCCGCCCCGCGCGCGCCGCCCAACUGCUACUGUGCGCGACCCAGUCGUUGUUCACUUGCGACACGGGCGCGUCCUCAGUGGGCGGCGACAACAAGAGCGACCUCCCGCAGAACUCUGCCGGAUCGCCUAGCUCGAUACAGGCACCUUUACUCUCAGUGGAUUGUAAGAGCAACCCGCCUACAUAUAGUUUCGUUCAGGGUUGGCAACUAUUAGCACUAGCGGUCAGUUUGUUCGUACCGAGGAACAAUAGGUUAUUGUGGUACUUGAAACUGCAUCUGAGCAGGCACGCUGACACCAAAACGGAAUGUGGUAAAUAUGCGGCAUAUUGUUCGCGCGCUUUGGAACGAACGAUCCGGAACGGCGGUCGAACGGACCGGCCCUCCAGGAUGGAAGUGCUGUCUAUAUUGCUAAAGAAUCCCUACCACCACUGCCUACCACAUGCAAUACCUGUACACGUGCUCAAUAAUACUUACCAGGUGGUAAGUUUUGACGGAUCGACGACGGUCGAAGAGUUCCUGACGACGCUUAGCACAGAACUAGGAUGCAGAGAACCGGCGGCGUCAGGUUUUGCUCUCUUCAGUGACGACCCGAUUGAGAAGGACUUGGAACAUCAUAUCAAACCUGACAAAAAGUUGUGCGACGUAAUAUCAAAAUGGGAAACAGCGUUACGGGAGAAAGGAUCUGGAAAGUUCGAGAACUCUAGAGUAAUUAGGCUGACAUAUAGAAACCGCUUGUACUUCAAGAACUCUGUGCGAACGGAAACUGACAAGGAGAGGUUACUGCUCUGCUAUCAAGUUAAUCAACAAGUGGUGGCGGGCCGCUUCCCCGUGACGCGCGAGCUGGCGGCCGAGCUGGGCGCGCUCAUGGCGCAGCUCGACAUGGGCGACCACUGCGCCUCCAACACGCAGCACAACCAGCCGCUCGCGCACCGGUUCUACCCCUACCGGUACCGCGCCGGCCUCGGCAACGACGAGCUCAGAGGCGUCGAAGAGAAACUCCGGUCUAAGUGGAUCGCGCUAAAGGGUCGCAGUACGGCGGAUUGCGUUAGAAUUUAUCUCAAUUGCACGAGGAAAUGGCCAUUUUUCGGUGCUACCUUAUUCCAAGCUAGGAUAAAACAGCCGGAUUUAUCAAUGGUGUGGCUCGCUGUAUCAGAGGAAGGAGUCACGGUACUAGAAUUAGCGUCCAUGGCAGUUAUAGGGAGAUAUGCGCUUAAUUCCAUUGGGUUGUUUGGUGGGCUGCAGGACGAUCUAAUGAUGUUAAUCGAUGCGGAGGACUCGAGUCCAGUUCAUAAGAUGCUAAUUAGUCUCAAUAAGCCAAAGAUGGCGGAGCUGACGCACCUGAUCGCGGACUACAAGAACGCGUCGCUCCGCGGCGGCUCGGGCACGCCGCAGAUGAGCUCGCUGACGCGCAACGGCUCGCACCGCUCGGCGCGCCGCACGCCGUCCACGCUGCCGCCCGCCGCCGACCGGCGCGCCACGCUCGCCUCGCACGCCAGCCUCGGCCUCGCCGCGCCCGACCUGCUGCGCGCCACGCCCGACCACCGCCGCGCGCCGCCGCAUGCGCACCCGCACGCGCACGCGCACGCCCACGCGCACCCGCACCCGCACACGCACACCAAGUGAGCGCGUGCGGAGGACCCCCGGGGACGAAUCGAAUAAUGAAACUUGCAGCGUUACUUAUACUCGAACUACUUACUCUGAAUGUAUUUCUUUAUUGUUUUCAAUAUUUCAGUAAUUUUACUAUCUAGAUCAAAAACGAAUAAAACACGCCCUGAUAUUGUCGACGGUCGGCGUGUCCACGAGAGUACGUGUCGGCAGGAGGUCAUGACUGGCCCUGGCAUCGCUCGUGUUCUUUCGGUGCGUUUCAGUGGGUGCUGUUGCGACGAUUCGAAUACAAAUCCAUGGAUUUUAAAAUUAUGUAAUCAAUGAAACGAGUGGGUAGAAAACCUGAAAUGUAUUAUAGUAUAAAUGUGUACGGUACGCGUCGCGCCGGAGUCGUUUUAAAGAAACGAAUGUUCCAUAAAUCACGAUAAUUUAAAAAAUAUACCUCAUAUUUUGUAGCGUCUAACGAUUCAGCCUUUUAUAUGAUUGGCUUGUAUUAUAGUUUGUACGAGUUUAGUUCGUCUAAUGUUAACGAUGUUUGCUAAACUGAAGUCGCUUAACGUGCUUAAAAGGGUAUUGUUUUUCUAUGCAACUCUAACGCCAAUUAGGUAUAUAUAGCUAUAUACACUUGAAACUGAAUUAAAAUACUAAAAUUGUCUAUGGCUAUCUUUUAACCAUAAAUUAUUUUGUCUUUUUUUAAGUAAUAGUUUUCACUAACUGUGAUAUAAGCUUUGGUAUAAAUUUAAGUCACAAUUUAUUUUCAAAUUUAAUUAAAUUAUAUUCAGAAAUAAUAAAUAGAUAUAUAUAUAUAUACUAUUCAAAGGUAUCUAUGGCCAAUUUUAGUAUAUAAUUCAAUUUUCUUCUAUAUACAUAUGUGCAGGGUAUACUAAAUGCUAUGUAGAAGACGAGUAGCGGUAGAACGUGAACAAACGUAUAGAAAAUCCAAAGAUAAUUAAUUAGACAUCGUUACUACAGAUGUAGGUUGAGGUUUUGUAUGUACGGAUAUAGUGAUAACAGAUUAAAAAUGUAAGUUCGAUUUUUUUUAAUCGUGUACGUUAUUCGAUAUGAAUCGAAUAGAUUAAUCGAUUGAAUGUUUUUUUUUUAUUAUUGAAAUGGUCUGGGUCUUAUUACCUUUUAUAUUUGUAAUUAGUUAUAUAUGAUUGAAGCAGAGAACUAGUAAAGGAAUUAACGGUAAUUUGUUAAUGUAAUAACACACAAAUAUUGCCUAGAAUUAUUAAAUCUUAUAUUAUAUUUUCAUAUGGACAUCAUUUAUUAAUAAAAUAAUAUUGUUUUAACGUUCAUUCGCAACAUAACAAUACACGUCAGACAUAUUUGUAAAAAGUAACUGAAUGAUUUAAAUAAAUGAACGAAAUGAAUGUAAAGGAAUAUUGAAAGAUUUUCAUUAUUAAGAAUGUAUAUUCUGGUUCUGUUGUACACAUUCUGUAAACUAAUUUGAUUGGAUUAAAAUUAUUGCUAACUCUUUCUAACGCGUGAGGUAACUUGAAUAAGUUUUGACGUCAGAUAAGUUUAGAGAUUGUGUGCAAUAAAUCAAAGAGCUCAUUUUCAGAUUGAAUUGAACUAAUUCAGCCUGUAGUUGAGAGUUGGGUGUGAAGUUUUGACUGAAUACAAACAAAGAUCUACAACGAAUCUCUCAACAUUCUAUGUAAGAUUUUUACCGCUGUGUAGUGUAGAUAUAAACGGUUGUACGAAUUGGACAUUUCGUAAUAAUAAUAAUUGUAGAUCAUUUCGAUGUUCUUACUUUUCGAAGUACUGUGAAAACUAUUUUCGAAAUCACAUACGUGAUAUGUUGAUGUGUGGUUUAUAUUAUUAUUAAGUGAAGAAGGCUGAUCCACGUCAUCGGUGACGACCGUGUUGUAUAUAAUUCAGACCAAAAAAACACAUUAAAAUGGUACUGCUCACGACUUGCAGGGAUUAAGUUUUUGAACAACUAUGUGAGAUGUUUAAAUUUUCUUGUAGUGUUAUAUCAACUCGUUUAAUGUGUGAAGCCUGUAUGAAAAUAAUUGCUACAAUUUAUGUGCAAUUUGUUUAAUCAUGUAAUUAGGACCGGACCGAUCCGGACCGGUUGGGUGACAUUUUGAUAACUCGUCCUUAUACGACCGAUCGCGGUAUAACGGAACAGUUACAAACGAUCAAUAUUUAUACCGUUUUUCUCUCAGUAAUACAAUUCAUAACUUAUAGCUUUUUCUUUCUUCGGUUACAUACAAUAUAUAUUUGAUCUUAGUUUUCAAAAUACAAACUGACUAAAAAAGCUUAAAUAAUUGUAACAAAAAUGAUCCUGCUUGAAUAAACCAGAUUUAUACUAAAUCCAAAUAGUACAUGAUAAGUUUACAAAUUAAGCCUUCUUCACUUGACGUGCAACUAAACGAGCUGAUUGUAAAGAGCUAAAUAUUAUAAUGGCAACAAUAUAGUAGUUUCCUUAAUUGUAGUUACAUUGUCCAUAAUACUACUAAGAUAAUAUAUAAAUAUUUCGACCAAUUCGCUUCAACGGCCGAAACGAAGCCAUCGGAUAUGCGAUUAUAGUUCAUGUAACAAUAUCGAUUUUCGUAACGAUCUAUAAUAUAAUUAAAGAAACGAAUAUCGUCACAUUAGGUUCAAAAUCGCGUAUUCGUAACUGGCGACUCGUUCUAAGCUAGCAGGUGAUAUUUGAAUUGCACUUUUUGCAUAACACGAAAAUAAUAACUGUUGAUAUUAUUGUGUAUAGAUUUAUAUAAGUAUGUUCUACUGUACUACAUAGGAUUUUUUUUUUUUAAUAAUAAGCUAAUUUAGAUUGUAUAGCGAAUGGAUAACUUAUUGGUAGGUAUUUAUUGUUUUUUUUUUUCUAUGAUUUGGUUAAUUAUUUUAUAAUGAUUGGUUUAUGGUUUUUAUUGUAUUUUUUUUUAUCGAGGCCUAAAUGGAAACCUAUUGUUGUUAGGGCCUAAAUUUUUGUAUGAUUGAUGAAAUGAGUUUUUUUAUGAUGCAACAAUAAACGUGUAUUAUCGAAUCGA